AUGAGUAUGGGAAGAAGCAAAGCAGAAGGGAAAAGGAGUUUAAGAGAAAUGGACGAGGAAGAGGAAGAAGAUGAUGAUACUCUUGAAGAAGAAGAGGCUUUUGAGAAGAAGCAGAAAGGCAAAAGUACAACUAGUAGUAGUAGUCAUGGAGUUUGUCAGGUCGAGAAUUGUUCCGUGGACAUGAGCACAGCCAAACGCUACCACAAACGACACAGAGUCUGCGAGGUUCAUGCCAAAGCUCCCUUUGUUCGGAUCUCCGGUCUUCACCAACGUUUCUGCCAGCAAUGCAGCAGGUUCCACGAGCUCGGUGAGUUUGAUGAAGCCAAGCGGAGUUGCAGAAGACGCUUAGCUGGUCACAACGAGAGAAGGCGGAAAAGCGCAAAUGAAGAAUAA